AUGGCGACCGCAGAGCACUGUCUGUACGCCUUCGAGGCGCUCGUCGCCCACCUUGAACGCCGCCAACCCAUGGAACUCGCCGACAUUCAAAAGUCGUGGGCCGCCUACCUCGCCUCGGGCGCCUCCUCCGGCACCAAGCUCAGCAAGGCCCUCCCCGCCCUGCACCGCCUUGCCGCCGCCGCCGCCGACCAGUCGAGCGGCACCUCCUCCCAGACUCGAGCUCCACCUUAUCCCUGGCCCCCGACACCGCCGCGACGUCCGUCACCUCCCUCGCCGGGCGCGACGACCCCGAGAUACGCGAGUCCCCGCUCUUCGUCACCUGGAACAUCCUCUCCCAGGACCCCAGCGACGAGGACCACCGCGCCCUCCGCGGCUGCAUCGGCACCUUUGAGGACCAGGACCUCGAGGACGGCAUCGCCAGCUACGCUCACCUCGGCCCUGCACGACACCCGCUUCAACCCUAUCCGCGCCUCCGAGCUGCCCACCCUCGAGGUGGCCGUCACCCUGCUCACCGAUUUCGAGGAUGCGGCGGACACCAUGGACUGGUCCCUCGGCGUGCAUGGCAUCCGCAUCAGCUUCGUCUACCACGGCCGUCGUUAUGGCGCCACCUAUCUGCCCGACGUCGCUGUCGAGCAGGGUUGGACCAAGGAGGAGACUAUUGUUAGCCUCAUGAGGAAGGCGGGUUGGGUCGGCAGGAAGGAUAGGUGGCGGGACGUCGAGGUCGACACGGUCAGGUACCAAGGAAAGAAGGAAAGCUUGGCAUACCCCGAGUACAGGAAUUGGAGGGACUGGAUCGAUGAGACCAAGUGGGAGACUUGA